AUGGCGGGAGGUGUAACGAGGACCACGGGGAUGGGACACAUCCUGAAGUUGUAUGUGCGGUUGUUAGCGGUGGCUGUGCUGCUGGGAACUGAUGUGAGCUGGCUGGGCUUGAAAGACCAGGUUGGGGUCAAUGCCCAGAACAACGAGAGAAGGGUAUUGGCACAUAUCCCUGGUGAUAUCAUCAUAGGAGCUCUGUUCUCUGUCCACCACCAACCACCUGCAGAUAAGGUCCAUGAGCGAAAGUGUGGUGCGGUCCGUGAGCAGUACGGGAUCCAAAGAGUGGAAGCCAUGAUGCACACGCUGGACCGAAUCAAUGCAGACCCCACCAUCCUUCCUAACAUCACCCUGGGCUGCGAGAUCAGGGAUUCGUGCUGGCACUCCGCCGUGGCACUGGAACAGAGUAUUGAGUUUAUUCGGGACACACUAGUGUCCAGCGACGAGGAGGAGAGCCAGGGCAGAUGCACGGCAGAAGGAGGGAACAUGCUUCUUCAGGGAAAGAAGCCUAUUGUGGGACUUAUUGGACCAGGUUCCAGCUCUGUGGCCAUCCAGGUGCAAAAUCUCCUCCAGCUCUUCAACAUCCCACAGAUAGCAUACUCAGCCACCAGCAUGGAUCUCAGUGACAAGAGCCUGUAUAAAUAUUUCAUGAGAGUAGUACCAUCAGAUAUGCAACAGGCCAGAGCAAUGGUGGACAUUGUCAAGAGAUACAACUGGAGCUACGUGUCUGCAAUACACACUGAAGGUAAUUAUGGUGAGAGCGGUAUGGAGGCAUUUAAAGACAUGGCAGCAAAAGAAGGGAUCUGCAUUGCCCACUCUGACAAGAUAUACAGCAACGCAGGGGAGCAAAGCUUUGACAAGCUUUUGCAGAAACUCAGAGGCCAUCUGCCCAAAGCCAGGGUUGUGGCUUGCUUCUGUGAGGGCAUGACAGUCCGAGGAAUACUGAUGGCCAUGAGACGACAACGCCUGGUGGGAGAGUUCGUCCUCGUCGGAAGUGAUGGCUGGGCUGACAGGUAUGAUGUGACUAAUGGCUACCAGAAGGAAGCAGCCGGUGGAAUCACUAUAAAGUUAAAGUCGGCGUAUGUGACCUGGUUUGAUGAUUACUACCUGAACCUGAAGCCUGACGCUAACCUGAGGAACCCCUGGUUCCCCGAGUUCUGGCAGCACCGCUUCCAGUGCAGGUUGAAGGGACAUCCACAGGAGAGCACUGCUUACAACCGCACUUGCACUUGGAGAGAGUCUCUGCGGCAUCAAUAUGCCCAAGACACCAAGAUGGGCUUUGUCAUAAAUGCCAUUUAUUCUAUGGCUUAUGGCCUACAUGCAAUGCAACAAACGCUUUGUCCAGGAUAUAAGGGUUUGUGUGAGAACAUGCGUCCCAUUGAUGGUCGCAAGCUGCUAGAUUUCCUGAUGAAAACCAACUUUACUGGUGUAUCUGGGGAGGCCAUCCUCUUUGACCAGAAUGGAGACUCACCCGGCAGGUAUGAAAUCAUGAACUUCAAGCAGACAGGUGAAGAUAAAUACGCUUACAUCCAUGUGGGAAGCUGGGAUCAGGGUGGCCUAAAGAUGAAUGAUGAAGAAAUCUGGAGCAACAACAGUGAAAUCAUCCAGUCAGUCUGCUCUGAGCCCUGCCAGAAGGCACAGAUUAAGGUGAUCCGUAAAGGAGAGGUGAGCUGCUGUUGGACCUGCACUCCCUGCAAAGAGAACGAGUUCGUGUUUGAUGAGUACACUUGCCGAGCCUGUGAGCUUGGCUCCUGGCCCACAGAUGACCUCACUGGUUGUGAGCCAAUUCCAGUGCAGUAUGUCCGCUGGGGGGAUCCAGAGCCCAUUGCUGCUGUAGUCUUUGCCUGCCUGGGCCUCAUGGCUACACUUUUUGUUACAUCUGUUUUCAUCAAGUUUUGGGACACUCCUGUGGUCAAGUCAUCCAGUCGGGAGCUCUGCUACAUCAUUCUGGCAGGAAUAUGUCUGGGCUACCUGUGUACUUUCAGUCUUAUCGCAAAGCCGCACAUUGUCUAUUGCUACCUCCAGCGGCUGGGAAUCGGACUGUCCCCUGCCAUGAGCUACUCUGCUCUCGUCACCAAGACCAACCGCAUAGCACGGAUCCUGGCAGGCAGCAAAAAGAAGAUCUGUACCAAGAAACCGCGUUUUAUGUCCGCCUGCGCACAAUUGGUCAUCGCCUUCCUACUCAUACUCCUGCAGCUGGGGAUUAUUGUGGCACUUCUCAUCAUAGAGCCACCACAGGUGAUCUAUGAUUACCCCAGUAUCCGUGAGGUGCACUUGAUCUGCAAUCUGACCACUCUGGGGGUGGUAGCACCGCUGGGCUACAAUGGCCUGCUUAUCCUCAGCUGCACCUUCUACGCCUUCAAGACUCGUAAUGUACCAGCUAAUUUUAAUGAGGCCAAGUACAUUGCCUUCACCAUGUACACCACCUGUAUCAUCUGGCUGGCCUUUGUUCCAAUUUACUUUGGCUCCAACUACAAGAUCAUAACCAUGUGCUUUAGUGUCAGCCUCAGUGCCACAGUGGCUCUCUGCUGCAUGUUUGUCCCCAAGGUGUACAUCAUGCUCGCCAAGCCUGAGAAAAAUGUCCGCAGCGCUUUCACCACAUCCACAGUUGUGCGCAUGCAUGUGGGCGAUGCUAAGAAAGCUGCCAAAUCUGGCAAAUCUUCUAGCAGCAUGGCCAACUUGUUUCGACGUCGUGGCUCUACGCAGGACAACAUAAGUUCCAAUGGGAAAUCAGUUACAUGGACACAGAAUGAGCGUGGAUACAGACCAAACCUGUGGAAGAGGAUGUCAUUCCACGUGAAGAAAAAGGAUCCAGUCGAGGCGAAUCAGACAGCCAUCAUCAAGCCAUUCUCUAAAGAUGGGGAUACACCAGCAGACAACGGUGUCAGGGAGCAGUACGAAGAGCCACAGCUUUCUCAGUCUUUCACCUGCACACCCUCUCAGUCACCUUUGCCCACCAUCAGUCAGCAUGCAGCGAAGGCGGUGUGUCAUCAGGGAGGAGAGGAUGGCGAGGAUGCACAAGUUUUACCCACCUAUUUACCCGAGCACCCCGCUGGAGUGAGAAGAAGGGGCGGGGACAACAGCCAAGGUGUUGGUGCAUUGAAUGAUGGGGAUAUUAGCAUCAUAGGAGUGGGUGAUAUUGGCAUAGGGAUGAUUGGCGGCCAAACUCAGGGUACCACAAUCAUGGACCAGAUCAGUAGUGUGGUUAACCGUUUCACUGCCAACAUCAGUGAGCUGAACACCAUGAUGCUGCCGGGGGGAGCCACCGUCAGCCCACCCUCCACUACUGCUCUGCCUGCUGCUACUGCAGACACCACGGCGUGUCCACCUCAGUACCUCACGCCCAGGAACAGACAGACACCCUCCACCGUCACCACAUAUGCAGAGGUAACAGCUGUCUCCAAUUUCUGCGAGAAUCGACCAGCGGGUAAGAUUUAUGAGCACCUGGCCGGGACUUGCGUGAGUAGCAGACGGGCCAAGGAUAUGGAGGAGCUCAUGGCUCUGACGCCUCCCUCUCCAUUUAGAGACUCAUCUCUGAGCUCCAAUGGCAGCUCUCCCCCUUCCCUGUCCCCUGCCUCUGAGGCUGAAUAUGACCAGCUGCUGCUGAGACAUUACAGCCAGAGCUCCUCCUCUCUUUAAACCUGCACCCCCCUCCCACAACAACUUAUUUUUUUCUUUUUAAUCUUCUAUCCAGGGAGUAUUUUAAACUCCAAGAGACAAAACUUCCCACUGGACCAAUCUCUUUGAUGCCUUUCUUCAUGUGGAUAUUAUGAAUGUUUAAGGGUUUGUUUUUUUUUAAUGAACAGAUGCUUAUUUUCAGAUUGUGACUGGGCACACCCACACAUGACCUCAUUGAGUACUGAAGGACUUAGAGAGGAAUACCAAUAGAAGGAUUUAAAAAAUUGGACUGAAAUAAACAUA